AUGGAGUCAGUGGCCAUGGGGCUCCCCAGGAGGUGGCCUUGUUUUUGGCUGUUGAUGCCGGUGGUCAUGCUGAGCUGCCUGCCACCCUGCCUCAGCCUGGAACUGCUCCCCUACACACCUCAGAUAACUGCCUGGGACCUGGAAGGGAAGGUGACGACCACCACGUUCUCACUGGAGCAGCCGCGGUGCGUCUUCGACUCCCUUGCUGAUACAGCUGGCACAGUCUGGCUCGUGGUAGCCCUCAGCAAUGUCUCCAGGGACUUCCGGAACCCGCAGACACUGGCUGAGAUCCCCGCCUCCCCACAGCUGCACACCCAGGGCCACUACAUGACACUGCCCCUGUCUCUGCGCCAGCUGCCUUGUCAGGACCCCGCAGGGGACAGCAGAAACAUCCCCCUGCUGCGAGUGGGCAAUGACUUUCACUGCCAGCAGCAACCCUACUGCAAUGCCCCUCUCCCUGGCCCUGGGCCUUACAGCGUCAAGUUCCUCCUGAUUGAUGCCAGCGGCUCCCCCAGGGCUGAGACCAGGUGGUCCGACCCCAUCACCUUGCACCAAGGGGUGGCCCCAGGCACCAUCGACACAUGGCCUGGGCGACGCAGCGGCAGCAUGAUAGUCAUCACCUCGGUCCUCUGUGCCCUGACCGGCCUCCUGCUCCUGGCCUUCCUGGCGGCCUCCACCAUGCGCUUCUCCAGCCUGUGGUGGCCCGAGGAGGCACCCGAACAGCUGCGGAUUGGCUCCUUCCGAGGCACGCGCUACACCACUCAUCACAUCCCACCCAGCGAGGCCGCCACCCUGCCCGUGGGCUGCGAGCCAGGCCUCGACCCCCUCCCCAGCCUCAGCCCCUAACCCCAUCACUGGGCAUGGCUCUGGCCCUGUCCCCCUGCCCCAAGCUCCAGGGUCAGCACAUUCCACCUACCCUUACCUUUAGCCUGCCCACAGCAGCUCUG